AUGCACCGACACGCUGGUUACCAGUAUGCCAGCCCGGCACCCACUACCACACGCUACUCGGGAACCUCGUCAGCCUUUUCAGCAUCGGCGAACCCCAACGAGGACUGGACCAAGAUCUCAGAUCUGGCUGAGCGUAGGCGCAUACAGAACCGCAUUGCCCAGCGCAACUACCGCAAGAAGCUCAAGAAGAGGCUCGAAGACUUGGAGCGCCGUGCUGCCUCAAGCUCAGCUUCACCCGAGCAGAAGCCGGCUGAGCUGCAGCCACCGCAACCAUCGCCCCGCCAGGAGUUCCCUUCUCCGUCGUCUUCCGAAUCCUCGUACACUACCCCGCCAGCUGAGGACCGCAUGUUCUCUCACCAGUACACGCGCCAACUCUCCACUAGCCCACCACCCUUUUCCGUCUCUUAUCAGUCGUCAUACCCAGCUCCAGACCAAGUGGCUUCAUACUCACUGCCCUACUCAACCUCUCCCUAUCACACCAUCCCCACCACACUAUCUUCCGAGUUGUCAAGCUACACAUACCUACCACCACCACAAUCGUCCUCGUACACGCCUGGUCUGCCUAGCCUUGUGCCUAGCAUGAAGAGCGAGUACUACUCCGAGGAGGACAUGAGCCCAUUCGGUGUCGGCUACGCUGCCAUUGGCGGUAUCGACAUCCCGCCACAUCACUCGUACCCAGAAUCUACGACGCCACCACUAGAGCACUCGGAUCUGGAUUACCCAGCUACGCCAAAAUCCAUGCCGCCCACUCCCCCGCUUCAUCCUGUUUCCUCCAUCUGAGCAAGCCAUGGCGGCGCCCGUAUCACGGCUUUUCUUCUCUGUGAGACACUGUCUCUACUAUUUGUGUUGAUAGUUUCCUUUUCUUCUAUUCUUUUCUUGUACUGCAUUUCAGCGACGGGUCGUUUAGGCACAGGUCCCUCGUUUGACCAUGGGAAAUUGGUGUUUGGCGUCUUUUGUCUCUUCAUAGAGGCUGCUCCGUCAUGAUUGGGAUGAAUCUCACAUGAUGCAUAACCUCAGUGCCAGUGCGCGCCUGGGGUGGAUCGUAUACAAUCAAUAAACAUCUCUAUCAACUGUCG